AUGAGGGGAGGAGUAGACAAGACACUGUUCAUCAAAAAGUUUAACUCAGGAAUUAUCAGUGCUCAAAUAUAUCUGGUUGACAUUGUGUUCGGUUCUACCUCUCAAGCCAAGGUGGAUGAAUUCGUGAAUCAAAUGAAGAAGGAAUUUGAAAUGAGUAUGGUUGGAGAAUUAAACUACUUUCUUGGAUUCCAAAUAAAACAGGUGGACAAUGGCAUCUUCAUAUCACAAGGAAAAUAUGCUCAGAAUCUAGUGAAGAAUUUCGGUCUUAGUCAGUCUCAGCACAUGAGAAAUCCAAUGGGAACUAAUGAUAAGUUGACAAAGGAUGAAUGUGGCAUGUCUGUGGAUCUGAGUCUCUAUAGGAGUAUGAUAGGGAGUAUUCUCUACUUGACUGCUAGUGGACCAGAUAUAUGCUACAGUGUUGGUGUAUGUGCUAGAUAUCAAGCUAAUCCAAAGGAGUCACAUGUAACUGUUGUAAAAAGAAUCAUUCGCUAUGUGAGUGAGACUGUAGACUAUGGGAUUUGGUAUUCUAAUGACACUAAUGGAAGACUUGCUGGAUUUAGUGGUGCAGACUGGGCAGGCAGUACAGAUGACAGAAAGAGUAUUACUGGAGGGUGUUUUUAUCUUGGUAACAACCUAGUCUCUUGGUACAGUAAGAAGUAG